AUGUCAGAUGACAAGACUAAGGUGGAAAAGACAUCUGCAAAUAACCCAGGUCUGUACAAUGAGCGUGAUGUCCAUUGUGUUGAGGAAAUGUACGCUAAACCGGACAAGACAACCAGGGCACAAGCUGCUGUUGAUGGUGGCGCCAGAGUUGAGGAAAUAUACGCUGAACCGGACAAGACAACCAGGGCACAAGCUGUUGUUGGCGGUGGCGCCAGAGUUGAGGAAAUGUGCGCUAAACCAGACAAGACAACCAAGGCACCAGCUGCUGUUGAUGGUGGCGCCAGAGUUGAGGAAAUGUACGCUAAACCGAACAAGACAACCAAGGCAGAAGCUGCUGUUGAUGGUGGCGCCAGAGUUGAGGAAAUGUACGCUAAACCGGACAAGACAACCAAGGCACCAGCUGCUGUUGAUGGUGGCGCCAGAGUUGAGGAAAUGUACGCUAAACCAGACAAGACAACCAAGGCACCAUCUGCUGUUGAUGGUGACGCCAGAGUAGAGGAAAUGUACGCUAAACCAGACAAGACAACCAAGGCACCAGCUGCUGUUGGCGGUGACGCCAGUGUUGAGGAAAUGUACGCUAAACCGGGCAAGACAACCAAGGCAGAAGCUGCUGUUGAUGGUGGCGCCAGAGUUGAGGAAAUGUACGCUAAACCGGACAAGACAACCAAGGCACCAGCUGCUGUUGAUGGUGGCGCCAGAGUUGAGGAAAUGUACGCUAAACCAGACAAGACAACCAAGGCACCAGCUGCUGUUGAUGGUGACGCCAGAGUAGAGGAAAUGUACGCUAAACCAGACAAGACAACCAAGGCACCAGCUGCUGUUGGCGGUGACGCCAGUGUUGAGGAAAUGUACGCUAAACCGGACAAGACAACCAAGGCACCAGCUGCUGUUGGCGGUGACGCCAGAGUUGAGGAAAUGUACGCUAAACCGAACAAGACAACCAAGGCACAAGCUGCUGUUGAUGGUGGCGCCAGAGUUGAGGAAAUGUACGCUAAACCGGACAAGACAACCAAGGCAGAAGCUGCUGUUGAUGGUGGCGCCAGAGUUGAGGAAAUGUACGCUAAACCGGACAAGACAACCAAGGCACAAGCUGCUGUUGAUGGUGGCGCCAGAGUUGAGGAAAUGUACGCUAAACCGGACAAGACAACCAAGGCACCAGCUGCUGUUGGCGGUGACGCCAGAGUUGAGGAAAUGUACGCUAAACCGGACAAGACAACCAAGUUUCAAACUGUUGUUGGCGGUAACGUUAUUGCGGAAGUAUAUGCUGUACCUGACAAGUCAAAGAACAAAAUGUGUAAGUAUGUUUUUGUUCUGAAUUAA